AUGUCCUUAAAUUUCUUACCUGGUCGACCAAACGAAACUAUUCAAACAACAUGUCAGGCUACAUGGCAGAAUCAUGUUAUUUUAGCAUAUUGUUCUGGUAACAAUUUAAUUUUAUUAUCGAAUGCAUAUACAAGAUUGCAAACUAUAUAUAUAAAUUCCGAUUGUGUUGCAGUCGAUAUUAACAGCAGAAAUGGGUUCAUCGCUCUUGCUUAUGCUAACAAGGUUAAUAUUUAUAAACCUAUUCAUCAGGUAAUGAGAAAUCCAAAAUGGGUUUUAUGUUGUGAAAUUAUGCAUGAUGAAUCAGAUGUUAACUGCAUUAAGUGGGGCUCUCAAGAAGAAAUUAUUGUUGGAUCGAACUAUCUUUCUUUUUGGAAAAUUAAUGAUGAGUUUGGUAUUUAUAAGCCAGUGCUAUUAUGGAAUAAAAGGCAACCGAAGCCAGUAUAUAUCUGCACUAUCUCAGAUGAUUCACAGUUUGUAGCAAGUGUAGGAAAGUUUGAUAAGACUGUAAAAUUUUGGAGAAAAAAUACUAUUAGUGGUGAACAAGUAUUAUUUCAUUUAACGCUACUGCCACAUACAGAUUUUGUCACAUUUUUAAAGUGGAAACAACUAGAUGCAGACAAGAGUCAUUCAAAGGAUAAUGGGUCUAGUAUAAGUAGAAACGGCUCUUUUAAAAGCAUAGGAGGACGCAGCAAUAUUAGUAGUUUUGAAGAUCCAAGUUUAACUCAAACAUUAUAUACUUUAUCAACAGAUAAGAAAUUACAAGUAUGGUCAUGUCAUGAUAUUAAUUCGGAAAAAACUGUUCAAAAUUGGGGUACCAUUCAAUUAAAAGAUGAACAACGUUUUGUUUUCAUUGCAGAUAGCACAACGUUAUCUAAAAUUCUGAAAGAAGAUAUUUUUGAAAAGCAUAAUAUAGUUGGUAUACCUGAUCUUUUAUUUAUUGUAUCGUAUAAUGGUAAUUGUGAAGUAAUCUCAUUGGAAAAUUUAUCUCUAAAUCCACCAAAGCCAAUGAGUAAAAAGAUCCUAUUCAAUAAACCAUUAUCGAAAUCGUUUCUUAUAACUGAACCAAAAUUUGUGUACUUUUCAGAUGCACAAGCUUAUAUUUCUGAAGAUACUAAAGGAAUGCUGUCGAUUGUAAUACAUGAUUUGGGUGGUUUUGUACAACACUGUAAUGUUGAUGUUGAUUCGUUAGUUAAAGAUAGUUCAAAUGAAAUUGUUCACAAUAAUUAUAUGUUUACAGGACACAAUAAGUCGAUUCAAAGAUUGAUUAGAAGCAGUGAUGGUGAGGCAAUGUUAACAAUCUCUAGAUUUUCUGAAAAUUGUGUAUGGUGUCCCCUCAAAAUUUCUAAUGGUUCAACACUGUGGCUAAAGAACAUCAUAUCAACUGAAGUUCCUAUAGUUCACGCAGUUGUUCAUGAGAAGGGAAAUUUAGUUAUACUUCUAUUGGAAAAUCAAAAAGUCCAGGCAUGGAAUUGUCCAAAUACAUAUAUCAAUAGGGAAGAAAAAAAGGCUGCAAUAAUUGCCGAAUUCAAUUUAUCUGAAACUGAUGAGGAAUUUGGACACAUAGCGACAAUGUUUAAUACACCGGAACCAAAACACAAUCAUAACCGUCAUUACAUUGCUAUUAUAUAUGACAAUGGUAAAACACGUUCAUUUGAGGUGUCCAGUGAAGGGAAAAUCAUUGAAGUAUCAUCUGACUCCUUAGCUGUAUCAGACAUUACCGUUCAGGACAUAUCUAUUAUUGAUCCAGUACAUUCUAAAUUUGUCAGUGACAGACCUCUGCUUUCUCUAAUAUCCGACUCUGGUGUCACAAGAAUUUACAAGGCAAAUGUGAACUCUUCAUUUAAAAAGAUAACAUGGAUAAAAUCAAACGAAAUUAACACAGGCAUACAAAAUGCGAAACAAGUUAGAGGAUCUUCGACUGGAAAGCUGGGUGUUAUGGACUCUAGUGGCAAACGUUUUUCUUUAUGGGACUUAAAUAGAGGAGUUCUUGAAUAUGAAGAAGAGUUUGAGGAUGACAUAGAAGAUAUUGAUUGGACUAGUAACGAAUAUGGUCAAAGCAUUGUUUCUAUUGGAUUUACUGGUUUUGUUUUACUAUAUACACAAGUUAGAUAUGAUUAUACCAACAAUAUUCCGAGUUAUCUCCCCGUUGAAAAGAUCGACAUAACAGAACAUACUGCGCAUGAUAUAGGUGAUUCUAUUUGGUUAAAUGAUGCCACGUUUGUCGUUGCAUCAGGUAAUCAAUUAUACAUAAAAGAUAAGUCUCUAGAUUUGUCUGAUGAAUUUGUAUCACGUUCAAUUGGCUCCAGAAAAAUAUUAUCUAAUGAUAUUUUACACUUGAAUAGUGUUUUAAAUGGUCCUUUACCAGUUUAUCACCCUCAAUUUUUGAUUCAAUCUUUAUACUGUAAUAAACUAAAUCUGGUUAAAGAAUUAGUCUUAAGAUUAUUUUUAGAAGUACGAAAGAUUAACUUAAAUGAGUAUGAUAUUUCAUCUCUUCCAUCAGAUUUAAACGUAGAAAGGGAAAAGUUUUUGGUAAAAUCAGAUAAAGAUUAUAAAAUUGAAAUAUUUCCAGAUCCAUACCCAUCUUUCAAUAAAUCUGUUGUCGAAUCAUUGAUUGAUCUGCUUACAAAAACUUCUCUUCCAUACUUAACUCGUCAUCAACAAUUGACAUUAAUCACCGUAAUAGAAGCAGUUCAAGAUUUAUCCGAGAAUAAAGAUAUUUUAGACUAUAAUGGUCUAUUGUUUUUAUUGGGAGUAAGAUUAUUUCAUGCACAUAAACCUGCGCAAAGGGGAUUGACCAUGAGAGAUGUUUCCUGGGCAUUGCAUUCGGACAGUAAAGUAUUGUUAUUGACCUCAUUAGAUGGCCGUAUUGGAUCAUGGCAGUCUGCAAAAGACCAUAAGAUAUCGUUCUGGGUCACAGAGAAUGAUUUAAUAAGAAAAAUUGAACAAAUUGCUAAAUUUGAAUUUUCCGAUGGUGACACUAGAGAUCCAAGUAAAUGUGCAAUAUAUUAUUUGGCUCUGAAGAAGAAGCAAGUUCUAAUCAGUUUAUGGAAGUUAAGUGUUGGUCACCCAGAGCAACAAAAAAUGAUCAAAUUUUUGAACCAUGAUUUCACUGAAGAAAGAUGGAGGACUGCUGCAUUAAAAAAUGCGUUUGCUUUAUUGAGUAAGCACCGUUACAUGGAUGCAGCAUGUUUCUUCCUAUUAGCCGGUUCGUUAACAGAUGCAAUGAACGUGUUAUAUAAACAAGUUAAUGAUAUUGAUUUAGCUAUCACUGUUUGUAGAUUGUACGAAGGUGAUAAUGGGCCCAUUUUGGGUGAUUUUUUAAAGAGAGUAUUUCUACCGGAGGCUAUAUUACAAGAUGAUAGAUGGAUGACUAGUUUUAUUUAUUGGAAACUUAGGAAAUCUGAAGUUGCUAUAAAGGCAUUGGUAACAGCUCCUUUUGAAUUAGAGGACAAUAGAGAUUUGGUUAAAAAGGUACAAUGUGUUAAUAAAUCAUUCCUAGUAGAAGACCCAGCAUUGAUCAUUAUGUAUGAAAGAUUAAGAAGGAAAAACAUUAAAUAUUUCAUUGGUGCUCAAGAAAUUGAAAAUAAAAUUGAAGCCAAUUUGAUAGUUAGAGUUUGUGAUAUUUAUCGUCGGAUGGGUUGUGAUUUUUUGGCUUUAUCCUUGGUAACAAAUUGGAAAUUUAUGAUGCCUGUUAAAAAUCCUAAAAUCCAUUAUACACAAGAUUCACAAAAAGAAAAUUUUGGAAUUAAUACUAUGGCAUCAGAACCUACAACCACAAAUAGAAUGAGACCAAGUUUAUUUGAUAAAUUUAAUGAUGAUAGCUCUAACUUUAAACAAUAUAAAAAUACUUUGCCUCAAACCAAUGCAACAAAGAAUAUGCUGGAUGAUUUUGAAUCUAGUAGAAACGAAUCUGGAAUAGCGAAUAUGUUAGAUGAUUUUACAAACUCGAAACCAACCCCACAAUCAAAAAAUUUACUUGAUAGUUUUACAGUUCCAAGCCCAGCUCCACAGGCCAAAAGUUUACGGGAUGAUUUUACAAGUCCAACCCCAAUAGCAAAACCAAAGAGUCUGUUGGAUGAUUUUGUCACCCCAACUCAAGUUUUGGAACCUAAAAAUGUUCUUGAUAGUUUCAGUGCUUCGAAUAAAACUUCUAGCGUUACCUCCGAAAGUAAAUCACAUGGACCUAGUAAACCAACUAAACCAAAAAACCUUUUAGAUGAUUUCAUGUAA